ACUACUGCUGCUGACGUGUAAUGUCCCAAAAUUUGAAUUACUCUUUUUUUUUGAAACAACAAAAUCUCAUUUUCAUUCAGACCGUUAACAUUCCCACUUCUCUUGUAGUUAUCUCCGAACUCAACUCCUCAGUUGUACUAGACUUCUCUUCUAACUCACAGUUCCUCACUGGGUCUACGACUAUUCUCCUUUCUGAAACAAAAAGAGAAAAGAAAAAAGAGAUCUUUACAGAUUUAAUAAUAAUAAUGGGAAGCAGCGGCAAGUACAGAUUUAAUGAAGAAGAUAUGGUGAUUGAUGAAUGUCUUGGAUACCCUAAAUCUUAUUCUAAGCUUUGUAGAGAUGUUCAUCUUAACAAUCCAUACAAAAACGGACCUCCUUUCUCUUUUACUCCUUAUAUUCUGCAACCCCAAGAGGUUUCAAGAGAAAAGGAGUUGGAUCAGAUAUUUCCAAUUACUAAUCCAGAAGCAAAACCCUCUACUAAGCCCAAAAUUUAUGCAAAUCUUCUAUGGAAGCAGCUCAACCACCUCGGGAAUGCUGGUUUUGAUCCUACACAAUUUAGAGUGGAUCCAUAUGGAAACGUGUUGUAUUACCACGCAGAUGCCGGUUCUCCGCUUGCAUGGGAGAUUGAUCAUUGGUUUCCUUGCUCAAGAGGAGGAAGGACAGUCCCUAGCAACCUAAGGCUAUUGCAGUGGCAAGUAUGUAAAAAGAAGCAAAACAAGCUGGAAUUUCUUGUUCCAUGGUGGGAUCUUCAAGUGGGUAUCUCUGUCAAUCAGUUCCUCUCAAUAUUCGCUUCUACGAAUUCCGAUUUCAGGAAUAGAGCUUUCUCUUUGUUGUUCGCUGAUGGUGGAAACGAGGAAUUGAGCUCUAUGCAAACUGUCGAGUCACAUGCCUUUCCAACGCAUUUUUGUGAGACGAAGCAAAAAGUAGGUCUCGCGCCUGCUGCCAUUGUAUCAUGUCAGAAAGAGGGCUCGAAUUCGUCAUCUGUGUUGAGAAAUGUCGAUCUCAAUAGAUCAUUGAGGCCUAGUUCUCCUGCAACUGCCAAGUCAAGUCAUAGACCAAGUUACUCGAAAGAAAACGAAAAUGCCAACCCGUAUUUGACCAUUGCUAUGGCUAGAGAUUCUUUGAGGCGAAAAGAUGAGACUCAAGUGGAGAUACGGAAGCUGGACGAUGAAUUGGAUGAUCUAAAGCAGAAGAACGAAGAAGAACGAGUUGCUCUUCAGGAUUUGGAAUCGGUUCUGAUUAAGCGUAGGAGAAGAACAGAGAAAUGCAGGCGGUUAGCUGAGGCACAAUCUUCAUAUAAAGCUUUACUUGAAAAGAUGAUUCGAGAUGCUAUGCACCAGAGUGUAAUGUACAAAGAGCAAGCGAGGUUGAACCAGGCCGCAACUACUGCUCUCAUGGCAAGGCUUGAAGCUCAAAAGGCAAUAUGUGAUACCUCUGAGAAAGAUCUUCACCGAAAGUACAAACAAAGAGACGAAAUUGAGACACAAAUCAGGCCUCACCCAGAACUAGCUAGGAAGAGAUCGAGAAAUGAUGAUUUUCUAUCUGAAGAAAGGAAUGAAAACGAUGUUAUAUUCAUACCAGAAGUAAGGCCAUGGAAGCCUCUACAGAAGGAAUUGAGGGUGUUCUUAGAAGAAGAACAGAAGGCAUCUGAAGCUAGCUUAGCACUUAUGGAAGAACGAGAGAGAGAAGAACAUAGGGAAGAACUGCUAAAGGAAAAUGCCUCAGAAAUGCGCGGUCAACAUAAUGUACCUCCUAUUCUGGUGGAAAAUGGGAAAGUACCAGUUGGAAAUAGGUGUCAGGAACCGGAGAUUGAAGAUGAGAAGAAGAAAAAGAAGAUGGCGAGCAGGGCGAGUUCGGUCACUCAAAGUCCAGGUAGACACGAGGAGGAUGAAGAGUCGAGAAAACAACGUGGGAAGGGAAAUGUAGAGAAGUGGCUCCAAAUGCUGUUAGAUGACACCAAGGAAGAACAUUCUACUGAAUUGCCUAAUCAGAGCACUAAUGAAAAUGAUAAGACUGACAAAGAAAUGAGAGAAAAGCUGAACUUUAAGAUUCCGAAGGAUAUUAGAACUUCAAAGUUUCCAGCAUCAACGAGUUCUAAAAGAGCACAAAUAGAUCCAGUGCGAGAUGAUGCAAGUGGAACGUACAGUGUUGGAAAACAUAUUGAGAGAAGAAAGAGCUUUCAAGGGAAGGAGAGAAGAGAAAGGAGUGAAAGGGACAAGGAAACUAUGAGGUGUGAGAGUGCCAGAGCUUUUAGGCCAAUUCCACAUUCUCCUUCAGUGAUUCUUAGAAUGACAAAAAAUGACUGCUUGGGGAAGAAGCCCGUAGUUAAUGGGUCUGAUGAAGAUCUGGAUGAUCGUAUUGUGGCAAACAAUUUCAUCAAAUCAUCAAUCAAGACUCUUAAGAAAGCUGUGCAAAUAUAAAGUUUGUUCUUUCUUUCUGCGUAUAUGUGCCGUAGGACUCUAUCAUCAUGUGUGUUAUGUAAGCCUGCAUUUUGUUCUUGCCAUUCUCUUGUUUAUCCUGAAUAUUAUUUGUAAAUUUGGUUUGUUAUUAUUGAAAUAUAUGUUUGUUAAGUA